AUGCUGUGCCCGAUUACAAUCACCAAGUUCAUUGGGACUGUUUCUUUGGGGCUAUUGACGGGCGUUUCUUAUUCCACGGCAUUCGUCACUCUACCAGCCCUAAAAGCCCUCCCAACGGCAUCGCAUGCUACUCGAGCCUUGAAAGAUGUCAAGCGUCGCUCGCGAAAACACGCUAUCCGGCUGUCGAAUCUAGCGACCUCUUGUCUCUUCUUCGCCUGGUUUGUCGUGCCGAAACGCAAGAAGCACCCAUACCUGCUUUGGGUGUGCCUGACCUCCACCAUCGGCUCUCUCGGGGUGGAUUUCUGGUUUAAUCGGUCUUUGGGAUUAGGCGGCUGGCUCCGCACUGUGGUUGAAGACAUUGAUUUCCCAUCGCUAAGUGUUCGCCAACGGCCGGCGUCGAAGAAAGACGAUGAUCUCGUCGUUGUGGAAUCCGAUGCCGACUUCAACGGUGAAAGCGUGCAGCGCGAUAUGGACAGAGAACGCAGACUGCAAUUCACGCGCUCCUGGUUUUCUGGCGCCGCGCUGGCCAUGGCAAUCGUCGGCUUGUGGGGUGAUGGUGCUUGA